UUAUAAUCCGUUUAUUAAGAAUACUUUUUAUUUUAAUUCAUUAUAUAUUUGUUUAGCAGAUAGCCUAUUGUUUCCACUACUAAUUCGUAUUUUUAGUUUAUAUUAAAAACUUACUCAUGCAUAUCUAUACAUGAUUUAAAAAAUGUAUGCCAUCUCAGACAUACAUACCUCCCCUACAACAUCGAAAGUAAAACAAUAAUAUAUUAUUCUACGAGCAUAUAAAGAGUGCGAUUAUGACACGAGGUGAAGUUUGCAACAUGUAAUUCUUCCGAGUGUCAUAAUCGCCUUUAUAUGUAAGUAAAAUACGCUAUUUUAUCUACGACUGUUUAAUUAAAUAGCAAAUGCGGCAUCUGAAUCAGUUUGAAACGCGGCCACUUCAUAGCGGUAGCGCAAUGUACGCCUAUGGUUUGGUUUGUGUUCGUUCAUUCGUUGACGGUAUUUAACCUCAAAUCUAAUUCAAUGUCCAGGGCCCUGAUUCUAAUUGAGAUUUCGACCGAAAACACGUCGAAAUUAGUAUGGCGACGUCGAAAUGCGACUCGGGGAGCCUGGCGGAUUUCGGCUGAACUAAUAAUAUGACGUCAUUAAAUUUCAACUAAUCGAAAUUAAUUUCAACUACUAGAGAGUGGUUGAAAUUUACAUUUCGAGUCGAAAAUCUUAACGGACAUAUUUUGUUUUCGAGAUUUGACGUAUAAAUGCAAUAUUAACCUUAAAAAUAAUCUUUUUAGUGAUCGUUGAUAAUAAUGAUUUACAUUUCGGUUUUAUCUUUGAGGUCGUGUUUCUUUACUAUAUGAUAUAUCAUUAUUUUGCGGUAUUCUGUUUUACUUAUAAUAAUAAUUGUGCUUGGUUUAGUUAAUAGUAAUGGCUGCGUUAUUUGGAAAUUUACUUAUUUUGGAGGCAUUGGAAGUAGAAGAAAACAGACGGUAUCAGCGGGUUAUGAAAAGAAUGGUCAGAGAUGCGCAAAACCCAUUUUCAUUGAGCGAAUCUCAAUUUAGACAACAGUUCCGCUUAAAUAAGGAUGCUGCAAUGUACCUAUUAAGGGUGCUAGCACCACAUUUGGUGGAGGGUGUUUAUACUUCGAAGAUACCCAAAAUGGUUAGGGUACUCUCAGUUAUACAUUUUUAUGGUGUUGGAAGCUACCAAAGGGGACUUGCCAACAAUUUUUUUACAUGCAUUAGUCAAUCAAGCCUUAGUCGCAGUAUCACUGAGGUUACGGAUGCAAUACUUAGACAUUUAACAAGAAGAUGGAUUAAAUUCCCUAGAAAUGAUGUGGAACGGAAUGUUAAUAAAGAAAGGUUUCAUGCAGUAUUUAAUAUGCCUGAAAUAAUAGGAGUUGUGGAUGGCACUCAUAUAGCUAUAGUUAAGCCAAGGGUCGAUGAACAUAUGUUUGUAAAUAGAAAAGGAUAUCACAGCUUAAAUUGUCAAAUAAUAUGUGACGCAGAUAUGAAAAUUAUAAAUAUUGUAUCUCAAUGGCCAGGUAGCACACAUGAUGCAUUUAUUUGGAGAUCGAGCCGAAUUGGAAGAGCCUUGCGUGCAAACUAUGAAAAUGGACAACGCCAUGAUAGGAUAAUGGGGGAUUCAGGAUAUCCGUGUCUUCCAUGGUUAUUAGUGCCCUUUGCUCGUACAAAUACACAGAGACAAGAAGUUUUCAAUAAUACAUUCAAACAGUCUCGAAGUGUGGUUGAAAGGUGCAUUGGUCUUCUCAAAGGUAGACACAGAUGCCUUUUGAAAGAUAGAGUGUUACAUUAUGCACCAAAUAAGGCUGCAAGAAUAGUUUUAGCCUGCGCAAUACUACAUAACAUUGCCAUUCAUUAUAGGGUACCAAAUCCUAUCCCCCUUUGGGACGAAAUUGAUCAGGAACCACUUCCACAACCUCUGUUGGAUCAACAGGAUCUUCUCUUAAGGAAUUUGGGUCAACAAAGUCGAGAAGCUUAUGUGGACCAAUAUUUUAAUUUUGUUGACAAUAAUAUUGUUUAAUGUUUACAAUUUUGUAAGUUUCAUUUUCAUUGUAGUAAACUUUUUAUUUUAUUUUUAUGAUAAAAAAGCAAGGUACUUAUUAUGUGUAUUAGUAUUGUUAUGUGUAUACGUUAUCAUAA